AUGCACAUCCUCUCCGAACCAGAUGUCGCCCACAUCUUUCGCAGCCUAACCCAAUCCCAAUGCCAAACCUUCAUAAGCACCCUAAGCAAUGCCCUGGUAUCCAUAACCCGCGAACAAAACCCCGAAACACCGGCAUCAGACAGAUUAAUCCACCAACCCCUCCGCACAGUCUUCGCCACGAAAGCAAACAACACAUGCAUCUUCAUGCCAGUCUCCGACACCGAAACAACAGGCAUAAAAGUAGUGACAGUCAGCGAGACUGGCAUCCAAGGCGUGAUCAACGUCUUCAACCCAGAGGGCCGCUUACAAGGUCUCCUCGCUGCAGCUGAAGUAACAGCUUUCCGCACGGCGCUGGCGACGAUGACAUUAUUCGUGCGUUGUACGACCAUCCGGAAGGAUAAUGUUGUUGUGUUUGGAUGUGGCCGGCAGGCGGAGUGGCAUGCCAGGCUUGCGUUGUUGUUGUACCCUGAGCAGAUUCGUUGUGUGACGUUUGUUAAUCGGGGGCGGGGGCGGUUGGAAGAGUAUAAGAGAGACGUGGUUGAUGAGUUGAGACAGCGAUAUCCUUCUGUUCUCUUUAAUACGCUUGCUAAGGAGGGUGUUGAUGGUUAUGAGGAGAGGCUAGGGGAGCUGCUUGGUGCUGCUGAUGUUAUCUUUAGCUGUACGCCUGCUGUGCAGCCGAAUUUCAGGUUUGAGGUUCUGGAGGCUAGGCCUAAGCAGCGGUUUAUUUCCCUGAUUGGGUCUUAUAAACCUCAUAUGCGAGAGGUCUAUGUUGAUUCUAAGGCGGCUUGUUUGGAGGAGGCUGGGGAGUUGAUUGAGGCAGAGGUUGGGGAGGAGCAGUUGGUUGAAAUGGGGGAUCUUUUGGGGGCUAGAACCGGGGUUAUGGAGGAGACGGUUGAUGUUCCUGCUGGGUGUAAUGUUGUUUAUAAGUGUGUCGGUAUGGGGUUGAUGGAUCUUGUUGUUGGUAAGAAGGUUCUUGAUGUUGGGGCUGAGAUGGGACUUGGGACGCAUGUUGCUGGGUUUUAG